AUGGCCGCCAACGACGCAGACAAGCUCGUCACGUCGAACGACCCGGAGCACCCCGCCAACCUCAUCCCCGCGCUGUGCGCCAAGUUUUGGACGCUGGGCUGGGUGACGGGCACCGGCGGCGGCUGCUCCAUCCGGGAUGACGACCUCGUCUACAUCGCCCCGUCCGGCGUGCAAAAGGAACUCAUGAAGCCCUCGGACAUGUACGUCCUCUCCCUCGCCGCGCAGACGGAUCCCACCCGGACGUACCUGCGCGCGCCGCCGCGCCUGCGGCCCAGCCAGUGCACGCCGCUCUUCCUCGCCGCCUUUGCCCGGCGCGGCGCCGGCUGCUGCAUCCACACGCACUCGCAGUGGGCCGUGCUCGUCACCCUGCUCCUCGAGCAGCAAGGGGGCGACAGCAGAGUGUUUGAGAUGAACAACAUUGAGCAGAUCAAGGGCUUCGGGCGCGGGUUCGGCAAGGCGGGCAACCUCGGGUACCACGACACGCUGCGCAUCCCGGUCAUCGAGAACACGCCGCACGAGGAGGACCUGACGGAGUACCUGGAGGCGGCGAUGGAGGCGCACCCGGACGCGUACGCGGUGCUGGUGCGGAGGCACGGUGUGUACGUCUGGGGGGACAACGUGCACAAGGCCAAGACGCAGUGCGAGAGCCUCGACUACCUCUUCCAGCUGGCCGUCGAGAUGAAGAAGCUCGGCAUCCCCUGGAUCAGCGACAUUCCCCGCAUCGCCCCUGAUAGAGCGUAA